AUGAGGCCCAUUCUGCGAACACGUGACUUUGAAGAGAGUUCUGGUGACGACAACACACGAAUAGGCGCAUUCCCCUUUAUGUCUGUGUUGCCCAAUCGACCUGCAUCUGGCAAGUCUGUAAAGCCAGCGGUUAAUCGGCGCCGCAUCAAGACGACGACUCUGGAGUUCGAGGACUAUGUCGAAGAGGAUGAUGAAGAGAGAGUGGAAGGAGAUGAAGAUGAGGCUGAUGAGUACGAUGGAGGAGAAGAAGAAGAAGAUAAUGAUGAUGAAAGUAGACAGGCGGGCAGACGAGGCGAUAGCAAGGGUGACACAGAAUCUCAUUUGCCAUCCGAAAGUCUUGCUGGGUUAGAAAAUUGUCCUGGGUCUAUAGGGACACUUUGGACAGCCCAGCAAUCGCCCACUCCACCUCGUCCACAGAAGCAGAUGCCUGGGAAACGUCGAGAUCAGCAACAACAAAAGCUUUCUCCGGCAUCUUGGAGUCAGGAAUCUGCUCACAACCAAAAUAUGACAGGUGGGCGUAAUCAAACCCAUUUAAGUUCCUCAACUGUUGCAACAGGUGGGCAUAGCCAGGCGCAUUUAAGCCCUUCGACUGUUGUUGAAUCAGGGUCGCCUAGGUCUCCUAUCUCAGCUACCGGACCUGUUCCUCUGGUUUCCAUAGGCUCCACUUCACCAGGUUGGCUUUCAGCCACUGAUCAAGCUAACUGCAGGUCACCCUUGGUCACUCCGGCCAUGUUGACUGGUCUUAAAACGACUGCAUCAACUCUAAUCUCUGCCAUUAUUUCACCUAUCGAGGACUCCAAGGCAGGCAGCCCCAAUGAAGCACGGAGAGGAGUCCAAAAUACAAUCGUAUCAGAACCAACUCACCUUGCAGAGCCGCUACCACCUUCGAUGCAUAGUCGUCAGAAGGGUGUAUCUUGCACUCAACCGUCAAGCGGUCGAAAGAUUCAGAUGGUUGCGACCCAAGUUGUCCCAGGAAAUUCAACUAGUUCACUUGUGAUGGCAACGGAAGCGUUGGGUCGUAGUCAAGAGGAAAUUGUUCACUUGCCCCCGGAUGGCCUAAUUGAGUCGUCUGUUUGCUCAACAAUCAGCGGAGAGACUCAACCUGCUGAGGCUAUUGAUGGCUUAACUAGGUUCCAGCUGAAACAGGCCUUAGUACAUCUUUUGGAGGUAACAAUCGUUAGCUAA